AAUUUACCACCCCGAUUAUUUAUAACACAAAGAUAAAACAGUUAAACUAAUGAACGCAUCGAAUAUAGGACUAUAUUUUAUUUAUUAUCUUUCUUCCCUUCUAUUGAUUUCUCGCAAGUCAAACUUUAAAGAAAUUCCCCGAUUAAGUGAAUGCACCACCAACCCUAACUCUGGGAGGCAUGGCAACAACGAGACGCUAAGCUAACAUGAAACAUAGCCGCUAACCAGCUAGCUAACGUAGAUACCACGUUAAAACGCGACGUAGUGAUUACAAAUCUUCAAAAUACAGGGCGAUUAGAAUGAUAUUACUUAACAAGGUCUAGUCUGUGUAUGUGUAGCAUUUUUUAUUUUAUGUUAUUUUAUUUUAUUUCGUUUACUCGAGUCAGUUAGCAUCUGCGCUAGCCUGGGACGUUAGCACAGUAACGGUUGUUGUGAUCCUGUACUCAUGGCUUUCUAUGAAGUGUACUCUCAUCCGGCUUUGAUUCGGUACAAAACGAGUGUGUGCACAAGAGCCACCCUGUUCCUGGUUGUUGUUUUGUGCCUUACUUACAUCAUACCCCUCCUGGUUGCUUAUAGGAGCCAAGGUUUCUGGAUAAAGAGAAGCACGUAUGAGGAACAGCCCGUCGUCAGGUACCAGUACCAGACUCUGUUGGUGGCGGUCACCAGCACUCAGGGAGACUACGUCGCCUGGAGCACAUUUCCCCACCUGAACAACAUGCUGGAAGGAAACCUGCGGAUCCCUGUUGUCUCCGUGAGAGAAGUGGAUCAGAACCAGGACGGGAAGUCGGACCGGCUGAUCUUUCAGCUGCAGCUUCCUCUGAAACCCGGCGAGCACGUUUACAGUGUCCAGCUGCUGCUCACCUUCAGCUACCAGCUCUUUCGGAUGUCCACGGUGGCGAUGCAGAGCCUGGCCUACCUGCAGCACUCGUCCUCUGUUCCCGGAGCUAAACUGUUGGUCAGCGGAGACCUGAGGCUGCAGCAGAGGACGGCGCUGCCUCACCGAGGACUCUACGACGUCUACAACGUUUCUGUGAUCGACGCCUCCAGCCCGUUCAUCAGUUCCUACGACUUCGACAACAUCAUCAGGAGCUACCAGGAGAGAAACUUGACCACGGUGUUGUCCUGUCCCACGCCCGUCUGGACCGUGGGACGAGCUGCUGGUUCUCCCUUCGAGCUCAACGCUGACAUCCGUUACCCCGUGGAAGUCAUCAGUUAUCGUCCUGGAUUCUGGGAAACCAUUAAAUUCGCCUGGAUUCAGUACAUCAGCAUCCUCCUCAUCUUCCUCUGGGUCUUUGAACGCAUCCAGAGAUUUGUUUUCCAGAACCAGGUUCUACCGACCGUACCCAUACCGGUGGGGAAAACUCACCUGUCGUGAUCCCUUUGACCUAAAGAUUUGGACCCAAGAGCAUCUGAUCCUCAUCCUCCUCUGCACCGAUUCCUGGUCUGAAAAAUGUUCUUCUUACCACAGUUUUCUAGCAUUUAUAGAAAAUAUGAAUAGAU